AUGUCGUCGGCCAUCGAGGGCGUAAAGGACACGCUCACGCGCAUCGUGCUGGACCCGGCGAACCGCGACCUGCUCGCCAUCGUCAAGGGCGCGCGCAAUGGCGCCGUCUACGGGGCCAAGGUGCGGUUCCCGCAUGCGCUGGUCAUGGUCUUCCUGUUCCGAUCGGGCUCCUUCCGGCAGAAGGUAGACCUGGUCUUCCGCGCCACGCGCACACACGCCCGCAAUCUUGCCAAGUUUGCGACCAUCUACAAGACCGUCUGCUAUCUGCUGAAGUGGUACGGGCCCACGCCGGGCAAGGAGGGCCAAUAUGACACCUUUUUGGCGGGACUGCUGGGCGGCUACUUCGUCUUCGGAGGCCGCUCGCCGCGCUCGGGCAAGAUCUCGUCGGUGAACCAGCAGAUCGUCGUCUACGUCUUCGCGCGCGUGGUGUUGGCGCUGGCGCGGCUGGCCGUCAAGCCGGGCGCCGGCCUCCCCUUGGUGUCGUCGAGCGAGGCGCGCUCCGCCGCCAUCAGCCACUACGCCUGGCCCGUCUUCGCGGCGACCAGCUGGGCCAUGGUCAUGCACCUGUUCCGGCACCACCCGGAGGACCUGCAGCCCAGUCUGAAGAGCAGCAUGAACUACAUUUACAAGGAGAGCGACCAUUGGGACAGCCUGCGGAACUUUAUCUGGCACAACAAAUAG